AUGAAAUCUGUUUUCUGCCAUUUUUUUUUUCUUCUUUUUCUUUCGUUUGGCGAGAAUUUGCAAGAAUAUGGGGUGGACUGGGAACCUCAUCAUUAUCUAUCUAUCUAUCUAUCUCUGUUUCUUCUCUCUCUCUCUAUCCAUCUAUCUAGCCAGCUAGCCAUCUCAAUCUCUUCAUUAUCUAUUUAUCUAUCUAUCUAUCUAUUUAUCUUUAUAUGCUUUUGUAGUUUCAACCUGCAUUCAUAUCUAUCUAUCGAUAUACAUUUGAGUGUGGUCAUAUCUAUCUAUCUAUCUAUCUAUCUAUCUAUCUAUCUAUCUAUCUAUAUCUGUUCUUUUAAGUGUGUUCAUAUCUACCUUUGUUCAUUUGAGUGUGUUCAUAUCUAUCUAUCUAUCUUUAUCUUGUGUUCAUAUCUAUCUAUCUAUCUAUCUAUCUAUGUAUCUAUCUAUCUAUCUAUCUAUAUCUGUACAUUUAAGUGUGUUCAUAUCUAUCUUUGUUCAUUUGAGUGUGUUCAUAUCUAUCUAUCUAUCUAUCUAUCUAUAUCUGUUCAUUUAAGUGUGUUCAUAUCUAUCUUUGUUCAUUUGAGUGUGUUCAUAUCUAUCUAUCUAUCUAUCUAUCUAUCUAUAUCUGUUCAUUUAAUGUGUUCAUAUCUAUCUAUCUAUCUAUCUAUCUAUCUAUCUAUCUAUCUCUGUUCAUUUAAGUGUGUUCAUAUCUAUAUUUGUUCAUUUGAGUGUGUUCAUAUCUUUCUAUCUAUCUAUUUAACUAUCUAUCUAUCUAUCUCUGUUCAUUUAAGUGUGUUCAUAUCUAUAUUUGUUCAUUUGAGUGUGUUCAUAUCUAUCUAUCUAUCUAUCUAUCUAUCUAUCUAUCUAUCUAUCUAUCUAUGUAUCAUCUUCAAGGCCACUGCUUCGCAGGGAUCUAUCUAUCUAUCUAUCUAUCUAUCUAUCUAUCGAUCUAUCUAUCUAAUAUAUUUAUAUCAGUCUCAUUCUGUUUCUUUUUAUUUUUCCACCUCUCUCAAGAAAUCUCUCUAUCUAUGGACAAUUUUUUAUCUAUCUAUCUAUCUAUCCAUCUAUCUAUCUAUCUAUCUAUCUAGUAUAUUUAUAUCAGUUUCAUUUUGUUUCUCUUUAUUUUUCAACCACUCUCAAGAAAUCUCUGUAUCUAUGGACAAUUUUUUAUCUAUCUAUCUAUCUAUCUAUCUAUCUAUCUAUCUAUCUAUCUAUCUAUCUAGUAUAUUUAUAUCAGUUUCAUUCUGUUUCUUUUUAUUUUUCCAUCUCUUUCAAGAAAUCUAUCUAUUUAUGGACAAUUUUUUAUCUAUCUAUCUAUCUAUCUAUCUAUCUAUCUAUCUAUCUAGUAUAUUUAUAUCAGUUUCAUUCUGUUUCUUUUUAUUUUCCACCUCUCUCAAGAAAUCUAUCUAUCUAUGGACAAUUUUUUAUCUAUCUAUCUAUCUAUCUAUCUAUCUAUCUAUCUAUCUAUCUAUCUUCCAUUCUCCUCUCGACAGUUCACUUCUAAGAAUCCGUAAAAUCCAUCUCUCUUUUCUUUUUUGUAUCUUCAUUCAUUUUAUAAUUUUACAAUUAUUCUUACUUAUUGAUUCAUUGAUUGAUUCAUUAUUUAUUUAUUUUCAUUCAAUUUUAUUAUUUCUCGUUUAUUCAUUUUCUUUAUUUUGUAUGUUUUUGCAUUCUUUUCAUUCCUUUAUUUUGUCUUUAUUCAAUUUUCAUUCAUUAAUUCUUUUAUAUUUCCAACAUCUUUUUAUUAUUUUUUCUUUAUUUCUUUCUUUCUUUCUUUCUUUCAUCUUCCGUUUAAUUUCUUUCUAUCUUUCUUCCUGGAUUUUGUCAUUUUUAUUUACAUUCUUUUUUGACUCUCUGGGCUGUUUAUUUUUUUCUUCCUGA